AUGGAUGGCCAGAAGGGUCUUGAAUCGGCUCUCUCAUUCCGUGCUCUUCUGCAAAAGUUGCAAGAGCAACACGAUGAGGAGGUGGCUGAGCUGAACGCCAAAAUUCAGCAUUUGCAGGCUGCUCAUGAUGGAAAGCCUCCUUCCAUCUCCGACAAUUCUACCGAGCUGUCGCCGAAGGCGACAUUGGGCCCCCGCGUGGCUCGCCCAUCCCCAAUUUCAGCGACAGGCGGGAGCUCUCCAGGCGAACAGCUUGUCCCGAAAGAGUACGAUGUUUCCGAGGUGGCCACGCCCAGGUCACCAAAGCCGACGGGUGACGUCCAGGACGUGGUCUCCGUCGAAGGCGAGGGUGGCGACUUCGGGGGAAAGCCUUUCCCGAGUCUGCCAAAUCUGCAGGUGCCGCCACAAUCUCCUCAGCCAGCGGCAGUCUCCCCCGGCUCGAAUAUGCGUUCGACCACCGGCAGCUUCUCGAUCACAUCGCCCAAGCCGAGCGACGACGAAGAAGAGGCACCCAGAACGUUGCUCGAGAGGUUCAAGCGGUUUGUGCGAAGCGAUAUGUUCGACCUGGUGGUGGGCUUGUGUGUGACCUUGAACUUCUUCACCAUGGCGAUGGAGCUGCAGUACGAAGGCCUCCAGUCGGGCUACGAGCUGAAGAUUCGCUUCUUUGACCAGACGGCGGUGGCCGCGUGGCCCUGGGCAGUGGAUUUCUUUCAGGUCUGCCGCACCAUCUUCCUCGUCUUCUUCACUUCGGAGAUUCUGCUCAGGUUCUGCUUUUUGAGGACGGAGUUUUUCAAAACGCCCUUCAAUGUCAUCGACCUCCUCGCGCUGCUGGCCUCGAUCGUGGAACUCUUCUCCUGGAACUUGCCCGUGGAUCCCACCCUCCUGCGCCUGUGCCGUCUCGCAAAGCUCUUUAGGACGAUCCGCGUGCUGAAAGUUUCUGGCAUGCUGGACUCGCUGAGCCUGCUUGCGAGAUGUAUGAGCUCCAGCGGACUUACCCUGGUCUGGUCUCUCCUGUUCCUCCUGGUGAUCCAGCUCAUAGCUGCCAUGAUCGUGUGCUACAUGGUGCGGCCCUUCUUGGAGGAUCCUUCCCAGGAUGAGGAGCGGCGUCAGGAGGUCUACAGGUAUUAUGGUACUUUCACCAUUGCGGUGCUCACUUUAUUCGAGGUUUUCUUUGCCAACUGGGCCCCGGCUUGUCGUGUGCUGGUAGAGAACAUCUCUGAGUGGUAUUCGCUCCUCUUCCUUAUCUAUCGAUGCGGCAUCGGCUUCGCCGUUAUCAAUGUCGUCAAUGCCGUGUUCGUGCAGCAAACGAUGCAAGUCGCCAAAGGCGACGAGGAGGUUUUACUGUUGGAGAAGCAGAAGGCGGAAGAGAAGUACCUGAAGAAUGUGGCAAAGAUCUUCCAGGCCCUGGACACUUCUGGGGAUGGCUUGCUCUCGUGGGCCGAGUUCGAAGUCCUCCUUCAGGAUCAUAAGCUGAAGUUUCUCUUGGACAAGCUGGAGAUCGCAGCGGGGGAUCUCAAGACCCUCUUCGACCUCUUGGACGACACCGGCGACGGGGAAAUCUCCGUCCCCGAGUUCAUUGAGGGCGUCACGCGCUUCAAGGGCACCGCAAGGAGCCUCGACAUAGGCCAGCUCCUCCUCCGUAGCCGCCGUCUGGAGCGGGGCCUGACCAACUUGGAGAUCUUCCUGUUGCCCGAGGAGAAAAAGACCAAGUCCAGCCGAUCCGGCACAGUAUGA